AUGGCCUAUUUUGUGGCUUUUCUUGUGUUUUUUCUAGCACUUUCAACAUCAAGCUUGGCUUGUGAUCUCAAUUCAGACAACUGUUCAGAUAUCAAUAGUAACUUCACCUUGUGUGAAACUUUUGUUGAUGGGAUAGAUCUUACACCAUCAUCUCAAUGUUGUGAUUCUCUAAACAAUCUAAAUUUUAUAGCAAGAGAGGAGUCAGGAGGAGCUCAAAGGAUUUGCCAGUGUAUCGAAAACAUGGCGAAUAAUGGAGAACACCCUCGCUAUAUUGAGUCUCGUAUUACUGAUCUUUAUAGCUACUGUCAAGUUAACCUUAGCUUCCCCAUUUCUGAGCACAUGAAUUGUUCCAGUAUUUCCUAG